ACACCGAUUCAACUCAUUGACUCUUCCCCCACCGUAAAAGCUCUACACCCGUUGGUUGCAAGGUGUGCUACACGUCUCUUCAACUUCGAUGCUUUUCUAGUUGAACGGUUUUUUCCUUUCUCUUCCGGUUAUUUGCAUCUAGUGUUAGGGUUUUUGAAGCUUGUUCCUAUUCCUAGUUGAAGGACCCUACAUUUUGGUCACAGAUUCCGUUACCCAAGAUUUAUUGUUGUGCAAUUUCUAUCUCUGUAAUUGUAUUUCUUACUUGUGCUACUUUAUGCUAACUCAAUCUGCAUUAUUUGAUCUACUUCUCAAUGCUUCAUUGAGAUUUGUUAAUGUUGGCAGAUGAAUUUUAACAACGUGAAGGUUCCAAAGGUUCCUGGUGGUGGAGUCUCUGCUUUGCUUAAAGUUAGCAUUAUUGGUGGUCUUGCUGUAUAUGGGGCUGCAAACAGCUUGUACAAUGUUGAUGGAGGUCAUCGAGCCAUUGUUUUCAAUCGUAUAGUUGGUGUCAAGGAUAAGGUUAUUCCAUUGUCCAUGGCUGUUAAAUGAAAUCACUUUUCUCAUUGUGUUUAGUUGUUUUUGCGAACAAGGUCUAUCCCGAAGGGACACAUAUUAUGAUUCCAUGGUUUGAGAGGCCUGUGAUCUAUGAUGUUCGUGCACGGCCUCAUUUAGUGGAGAGUACUUCUGGGAGCCGUGAUCUGCAAAUGGUGAAAAUUGGACUUAGAGUCCUUACCCGUCCUGUUCCAGAUCAAUUACCAACAAUUUAUCGAACCCUGGGUGAGAAUUAUAAUGAAAGGGUCCUGCCUUCUAUUAUACAUGAAACUCUGAAAGCAGUAGUUGCACAGUAUAAUGCCAGUCAGCUCAUUACUCAGAGAGAGGCUGUUAGUCGAGAAAUAAGGAAGAUAUUGACUGAAAGGGCCUCCAAUUUUAAUCUUGCAUUGGAUGAUGUGUCAAUCACCAGUUUGACGUUUGGGAGGGAAUUUACAGCUGCUAUUGAAGCCAAGCAGGUUGCUGCUCAAGAAGCUGAGAGAGCUAAAUUUGUUGUAGAAAAAGCUGAACAAGACAAAAGAAGUGCUGUUAUUAGAGCACAGGGUGAAGCCAAGAGUGCCCAGUUGAUUGGUCAAGCUAUUGCCAAUAAUCCUGCUUUUAUCACCUUAAGGAAAAUUGAAGCUGCAAGGGAAAUUGCUCAAACGAUUUCAAAUUCUGCCAACAAGGUUUACUUGAAUUCAGGUGAUCUCUUACUGAAUCUUCAGGAAUUAAAUUUGGAGCCCAGCGGGAAGAGAUAGUUGUGAGGUUGAAUUCACUCAAGUAUUUCAACCUCUUUCCUAGUAUCUUCAUUCAUUUUCACCUGCAUGUGCGUUCUAUCAAACGUUCAAAUAUGGUAGUCAGCGUUACAGUCAGAAAUGUUGACGAACUGAUGGUCAUUAUCGUUAAAUGGAGCAUGUGAGAUAAACGAGAUUCAAUUAAGUUUUAUCCGAUUUCUGUACUUCUGUUCUUGAAUAGUCUCUGUCGUUGUCGGAUGUCAAGUUUUUGAUAUUGAUUUAUUGUGGCACAGUGAUCUUGUUUUUAUCUUCCGCUGUUGAUUGAUUUGUUAGUCUAUACUGCCAUA